GCAGCGCCCAGGCAGGGCCCUUGGCCGCUGGGCGCCACGUCCGAACAGGUGGCCCGGGAAGCAGCGCUACAACCCCGGGACGGUCGCCCCUUCCGCGGACGAGGGAUGUGUGUCUGUGUGCGUGGUCCGCGCGUCUGCCUGGUGGUCAGUGUGCGGACCUUUCCACCGUCAGCCUCUCCCGCAGUGGGCAGGGUCUGAGGAGACUGCCUGCCCGGUGGGAUCCAGCCUGUCUGGCAGGGGCCGGUGAAAAUGAGUUCUUCAGUAAGAAGGAAAGGCAAGCCAGGGAAAGGAGGUGGAAAAGGGUCUUCCAGAGGAGGAAGAGGAGGCAGGAGCCAUGCUAGUAAAUCUCACGGGGGCGGCAGCAGUGGCGGUGGUAUUGGUGGCAAUAGAAAGGCAUCAAGUAGAAUCUGGGACGAUGGCGAUGACUUUUGUAUCUUCAGUGAAUCAAGGCAUUCAUCCAGACCUAGUAACAGUAGCGUGAGAAAAGGGGAUGCACGCCCCAAAUGGAAGCCCGAAGCCAAAGUGCCCCUGCAGACUCUACAUAUGACUUCUGAGAAUCAAGAAAAAGUGAAAGCUCUUCUCCGAGACCUGCAGGAACAAGAUGCGGAUGCUGGAUCUGAAAGAGGUGUUUCUGGGGAAGAAGAAGAUGAUGAGCCUGAUUAUGAUGACGAGCAGUACUGGUCACCUGGACGAGAAGCUUCCCUGGUUCCUGACUCUGAUCCUUUGGAAUGCGCUGGCUCAGGCCUGGUGGAGCCUCACAGGCCGGAAUUUACAGUGUCAGCAUUUGCAGUGCACAGACUUUCCAGGUAUGGUUUCCACACUGAACACUGUCAGGCAGCCCUGAGGAUUUGCGAUGGAGACGUCGGGGCAUCACUGGAACACCUGCUCACCCAGUGCUUUUCAGAGACAUUUGGAGAGAGGAUGAAGAUAUCUGAGGCAGUUGCACACAUAAGCUUGGAUGAGUGUGUGGAACAGCGACAGGAAGAGGCAUUUGCUCUCAAGUCAAUCUGUGGAGAAAAAUUUAUAGAAAGAAUUCAAAACAGAGUCUGGACCAUUGGAUUAGAACUGGAGUAUUUGACAAGUAAAUUCUGCAAAUUCAAGCAAAAGGAAAGUACCAAAAAUAUACAGGAGGCUUCACUUGAAGUCUGCAAAUUUUACCUCAAAGGAAAUUGUAAAUUUGGAUCAAAGUGCAAAUUUAAACAUGAAGUGCCCCCAAAUCAAAUUGUCGGAAGAGUCGAAAGAAAUGUAGAUGAUUCUCAUCUAAAUGCUAAUGAAGAUGCAUCCUUUUUAUAUGAACUUGAAGUUCGAUUUUCUAAAGACCACAAAUACCCCUACCAAGCUCCCCUUGUGGCAUUUUAUUCCACCAAUGAGAAUCUACCUCUGGCUUGUCGUUUACAUAUUUCUGAGUUCCUUUAUGGCAAAGCCUUGACAUUUGCAGAAACUUCAGAACCUGUUGUAUAUUCUUUGAUAACCCUUUUAGAGGAAGAAUCAGAAAUAACCAAGUUACUAACAAAUACCCAUCACAAGUACAGUGUCCCUCCUGUGAACUUUCUGCCAGUAUCACCUGGAAUCAGACUAAAUAAUCCUGUCUGUCGUAAACCAGUGAUUCCAAGUAAUUCAUUUUUUUCGAAUCAAAUUCCAGAAGUUGAAAAAGAAUCAGAGCCUGAGGAGGAGACAGAUGAGGAUGAAGGUCCAGCACCAGUGAUGGUGGAGGAUGAAAGCUAUGUCAACCUUAAGAAAAAGAUUUCCAAAAGAUAUGACUGGCAGGCAAAAUCAGUACAUGCUGAAAAUGUCAAAAUCUGCAAGCAGUUCCGAAUAAAACAGGCCUCCAGACAGUUCCAGUCAGUUCUACAAGAAAGACAGUCGCUCCCUGCUUGGGAAGAAAGAGAAAACAUUCUUAAAGUGUUGAGCAAGCACCAAGUGCUUGUUAUAAGUGGUAUGACGGGAUGUGGGAAAACCACACAGAUUCCACAGUUUAUUCUGGAUGACUCUCUGAAUGGACCACCUGAGAAGGUGGCUAACAUCAUCUGUACCCAACCCCGACGAAUCUCUGCCAUCUCUGUUGCUGAGCGCGUUGCUAAAGAAAGGGCAGAAAGAGUGGGUCUGACCGUGGGAUACCAGAUCCGGUUAGAAAGUGUCAAGUCCUCAGCCACCAGAUUGUUAUACUGCACCACAGGAGUGCUGCUAAGAAGGCUGGAGGGAGACGCAGCUCUACAGGGAGUCACCCAUAUCAUUGUUGAUGAAGUUCAUGAGAGGACAGAAGAAAGUGACUUCUUACUGCUAGUUUUGAAAGACAUUGUGUUGCAGAGACCAACUCUUCAAGUUAUUCUGAUGAGUGCAACCUUAAACGCUGAGCUCUUUUCAGAAUAUUUUAAUUCCUGCCCAGUUAUCACUAUACCAGGUCGUACAUUUCCUGUUGAUCAGUUUUUUCUGGAAGAUGCAAUUGCUGUGACAAGGUAUGUGUUGCAGGAUGGCAGCCCAUAUGCCCGCUCCAUGAAACAGAUGUCAAAGGAGAAGCUCAAGGCCAGGCGCAGCAGAACCGCGUUUGAGGAGGUGGAGGAGGACCUGCGUCUCUCCCUGCACCUCCAGGAUCAGGAUUCUGUCAAAGAUGCGGUACCAGAUCAGCAGUUAGAUUUUAAACAGCUCCUUGCCCGCUAUCAAGGAGUUAGCAAAUCAGUCAUCAAAACAAUGUCCAUUAUGGACUUUGAAAAGGUUAAUCUUGAAUUAAUCGAGGCCUUGUUAGAGUGGAUUGUGGAUGGAAAGCACUCCUACCCUCCAGGUGCUAUACUUGUAUUUUUACCGGGACUAGCAGAAAUCAAAAUGCUAUAUGAACAGCUCCAGUCUAAUUCUCUUUUCAACAAUAGACGUAGUAAUCGAUGUGUUAUUCACCCACUUCAUUCUUCUUUAUCCAGUGAAGAGCAGCAGGCUGUGUUUGUAAAACCUCCUACAGGUGUAACUAAGAUUAUAAUUUCCACCAACAUUGCUGAGACAUCCAUAACCAUUGAUGAUGUUGUCUAUGUCAUCGAUUCUGGGAAAAUGAAAGAAAAGAGAUAUGAUGCCAGCAAAGGGAUGGAAAGUUUAGAGGAUACUUUUGUCUCUCAAGCCAAUGCCCUGCAAAGAAAAGGUCGAGCAGGUCGUGUAGCGUCUGGGGUUUGCUUCCAUUUGUUCACCAGCCAUCACUUCAAUCACCAACUUCUAAAGCAGCAGCUACCAGAAAUACAGAGAGUGCCGUUGGAACAGCUCUGUCUGAGAAUUAAAAUUUUAGAGAUGUUUAGCACUCACAAUCUCCAGUCUGUGUUCUCUCGGCUCAUUGAACCCCCGCACACUGAUUCUCUUCGUGCCUCAAAAAUACGAUUACGAGACCUGGGAGCAUUAACUCCAGACGAAACACUGACCCCUCUGGGGUAUCACUUGGCCUCGCUGCCUGUAGAUGUGAGAAUCGGCAAACUAAUGCUGUUUGGGUCCAUCUUCCGAUGUUUGGAUCCUGCUCUCACCAUUGCUGCCAGUUUAGCUUUUAAGUCUCCUUUUGUAUCUCCCUGGGAUAAAAAAGAGGAAGCUAACCAGAAAAAGCUAGAAUUUGCAUUUGCAAACAGUGAUUAUCUGGCCCUUCUACGAGCAUAUAAGGGAUGGCAACUAAGUAUGAAAGAAGGUAUGCGUGCAAGUUAUAAUUACUGCAGACAAAACUUCUUGUCAGGAAGAGUUCUUCAGGAAAUGGCAAGCCUGAAACGACAGUUCACUGAACUGUUAUCGGACAUAGGCUUUGUUAAGGAGGGACUCCGAGCAAGGGAAAUUGAGAAAAGGGCCCAAGGAGGAGGAGAUGGUAUAUUGGAUGCCACAGGAGAAGAGGCAAACUCAAACGCUGAGAACCCCAAGUUGAUAUCAGCAAUGCUGUGUGCUGCUCUGUAUCCGAAUGUAGUGCAGGUGAAAAGCCCAGAGGGGAAAUUUCAGAAGACCAGUACUGGAGCUGUCAGAAUGCAGCCAAAAUCAGAUGAGUUGAAGUUUGUCACCAAGAACGAUGGAUACGUACACAUUCACCCUUCAUCGGUGAACUAUCAGGUCAGACGCUUUGACAGUCCCUACCUGGUGUACCACGAGAAGAUCAAAACGAGUCGCGUGUUCAUCCGAGACUGCAGCAUGGUGUCUGUGUACCCACUGGUCUUGUUUGGAGGAGGCCAGGUGAAUGUGCAGCUCCAAAAGGGAGAGUUUGUUGUUUCCUUGGAUGAUGGUUGGAUCCGCUUUGCAGCCGCUUCCCAUCAGGUGGCUGAAUUAGUAAAGGAACUUCGUUGUGAACUUGACCAGCUCCUCCAGGAUAAGAUAAAAAACCCAAGCAUAGAUCUGUGCACCUGUCCUCGAGGGUCACGAAUCAUCAGCAUGAUUGUGAAACUUGUCACCACACAGUAAAGACCCGUCGCGGCGAGCGCUCGCUCCUCGCCUGCUUGCUCAGCCGGGAGCAGAUAGCAGCCCUUCUACAUCCAGCUGCAGCGCGUGGGGGCUGCCCUGGGGAAGGAGCCCAGGGCAGGCUCUGCUGAGCAAGCCGCGGCCACGCACACCUUUGGGGCCACUUUCCAGACUGAGUAUUGCUAACCAAGCAGCGGGCACUCCUGGCAUAGCUGGGAGUGUCAAUGUGAGACAGCUUAAAAACCAACCUGCCUGUUUUUUUUCUCUCUGACUGCCCUGGAAUGAAUGAAGUGCAUCUGAUAACACAAAAGUGAACGUUUAAUACAGUUGUUUUAAUCUGUUUUUUUCCUGCUUUUUAUUAGAGUGAGAUAAGGGGGCAUGAGGAGAAAUACCAGUUGUUUUUUUCUGUUAUAAAA